AUAUCCCUAACCACCUUUUAACAUUUCUUGUUUCUUUCUCCUUCCCUGCGCCUGAUUAGUCCAACAAAUCCGAUCUACCACCACUCCUCGUCCCGCCGGUCAUUUACUGCCGCCGAUUCCAAAAUUCCGAUCAGUUACGGGAGAUAUCCAAUCGCAGACAGUGGUUCUCAGUACGAUCAAUCUGGGCUUUUGAUCAGCGAUCAGUUUUUGUCACUGUUCAGAAAUGUCUGUUGUUGCUUCUGCUCCUGGGAAGGUGUUGAUGACUGGAGGCUACCUCAUACUUGAGAAGCCAAAUGCAGGGCUUGUGUUGAGUACAAAUGCACGGUUCUAUGCGAUUGUGAAGCCGAUCAAUGAAGAAGUUAAGUCUGAAAGUUGGGCAUGGCAAUGGACAGAUGUCAAAUUAACUUCACCACAGCUCUCAAGAGAAAGCAUGUAUAAACUGUCACUUAAACACUUGACUCUUCAGUGUGUGUCUGCAAGUGAUUCAAGAAACCCCUUUGUAGAGCAUGCUAUACAGUAUGCUAUAGCUGCUGCUCAUUUGGCAACUGACAAGGACAAAGAAGCAUUGCACAAGCUCUUCUUGCAAGGUCUUGAUAUCACAAUCUUAGGCUCCAAUGACUUCUACUCAUAUCGGAACCAGAUAGAAUCACGUGGGCUUCCAUUGACACCAGAGUCGUUGGGUACCCUUGCACCUUUUGCAUCAAUCACAUUCAACGCUGCCGAGUCAAAUGGUGCUAACAGCAAGCCUGAAGUAGCAAAAACUGGCUUAGGUUCUUCUGCAGCAAUGACUACAGCUGUGGUUGCAGCUCUGCUACAUUACCUUGGAGUAGUUGACCUAUCCGAACCAUGUAGAGAAGGAAAGUUUGGUUGUUCUGAUCUAGAUGUUAUCCAUAUGAUAGCACAAACAUCUCAUUGUCUUGCACAAGGGGAGGUCGGAAGUGGGUUUGAUGUCAGCUGUGCUGUCUAUGGGAGUCAGCGUUAUGUUCGCUUCUCUCCAGAAGUCUUGUCAUCGGCUCAGGUUGCAGUAACAGGUCUGCCAUUAUAUGAAGUUAUUGGCAAAAUAUUGAAGGGAAACUGGGACCAUGAGAGAUCUGAGAUCUCUUUACCGCCACUGAUGAAUCUUUUCCUAGGAGAACCUGGAAGUGGUGGAUCCUCCACACCAUCAAUGGUAGGUGCUGUAAAGAAGUGGCAAAUGUCUGAUCCAGAGAAGGCACGAGAUAAUUGGCAGAAGUUGUCAGAAGCAAAUUUAGAACUGGAAACUAAGCUAAACAUUCUGAGCAAAUUAGCUAAAGACCACUGGGAUGUUUAUCUAGGAGUCAUUAAGUCUUGUAGUCUGCUCACUUCUGAAAAGUGGGUACUACAUGCUACUGAGCCGAUCAAUGAAGCGAUUAUUAAAGAACUCUUAGGGGCAAGAGAAGCUAUGUUGGGGAUCAGAAUUCUUAUGCGUCAGAUGGGUGAGGCUGCUGGAGUUCCGAUAGAGCCUGAAUCCCAAACUCAACUUUUGGAUUCUACAAUGAAUGCUGAAGGGGUUCUAUUUGCUGGUGUUCCUGGAGCUGGUGGAUUUGAUGCCAUAUUUGCAAUUACUUUAGGGGAUUCCGGCAGCAAACUGACCCAAGCAUGGAGUUCACAAAAUGUUUUGGCCUUGUUGGUGAGAGAAGAUCCACACGGCGUUUGCCUAGAAAGUGGUGAUCCACGCACCACAGGUAUUACUUCAGGCGUUUCAUCAGUUCAUCUUGAGUAAGCAACAUUGUUUGGUAUAGGUGCAUCACCGAGUUCGGUUGAGUAUACUAUUUUGCAUAUAGAGACUUGGGUGCUAAAUUUCUUGGUGUAAGCACUCCACUGUGCAUUUUUUCACCCAUUGUAAGGUCUUUUUAUAACUCUUGGAAAACUUGCGGGAAAAUAAAAGUAAGGUUGAUUUUGAAUGUU